AUGGCCGCCGUGGCAUCUCCGGACCUCGGCUACUUCCCGUCCAGGUCGUCAUCGAGGUGUUCGCACAACCUCGUCACGGCUCAUCCGAAAGCCGCAGAGGAGGUCGCCGACCUGCACCCCGUGGCCAUGGCGCACCUGCACAAGUUGCACAGCCGGCUGAGAGCUGGCGGUCUGGGCAAAAGCGACUCGAGGGGAUCUCCUGCUGGGGAGGGUCAGCGCUUUCGCGUGGACAACGGCUUCCUGAGGGCCGACUCCAAGGGUCUCGGCUUCCGGCAGACGAAGGACCUCAAGGCACUGAUCCCCGGGGCCGUGGCCGCUUGGGGAAGCUCGGUUCUUGGAGCAGAUGAGGGCGACGGCUGGCUGCGGGUCCAGGGCAAGUUCCUGCCCAUGUUCGUCAACGGGAUUCCGGUCCUCUCCCCUGAGGGACCCCCGGCGCCGGCGCCCGUGCCCUGGCGGUCGGGUCACGCUCUGCCGAGCCCCGCGUCUCCGCGCUCUCAGAGAAGCGCGUCUAGCGCAGGUGCUUUUGCAGACGCGGACACGCAGCUCGCCCCGUACCCGCCACCGUUCGCCACUCCUCUUGCUGCCGGGGUUCUCCCGCCGAUGGGUCCGUUGAGCUUCAUGGCUCCGAUUGGGAGCCUGGCGCCGCCGAUGGGUCCCUUUGCCCAGGCGCUGGGCCUCGGGGGCCUUGCUGCUGUGCCCACGCCGUGUCGGCUGCCGCGCAGGCUCCCGACGCAGGCUUUUCCAGACUUCCGCGUGCUGUUUGAAGAGUUGGUCUCCCUUCUCCAAAAGUGCCAGAAGAAGGUGGCGAGGGGAUCCCAUCCGAGGAAGGAGCUGGCGAUGCUGGAGAAUUUGGAGAGGCUCCUCGCGGAGGAGCUGCGAGUAGGGGGACACGCGGCAUCCUGGCACUACUUGCUGCAAGAGCUGGCGCUCACGCGGCAGGCUCUGCAAGGGGCUAAAGCGGAGCCGGAGCAUCGAGGCCAAGGCCAAGGGCUGCUGAACUCUGUCGACUACUCGGCGGUGCCUCAGCCCGGUUUGGGCUGGGCCUCCGGCGCUUCCAGCGUCCCAGGCCGGGAAGUCGCGGAGGCCUCGGAGGAUUCCGAGCCGGAGGAGUCGACGCAAGUGGCGGAGAUCCUGGCCGAAGCGGCCAGGGCCGGCAACGAUGCGGAAGCGGCAGCUGCCGUGGCGCAGGUGGCCAGCCGACCCCGGACCCCGGGCCCGAGGAGGUUGAGGACGGCACAGAGGAGAGAGGAGCCCGGGCCGGCCUCUCCCAUGCGCUCGACUCCAAGAGGUCUGAGCCCGCCGAGCACGCGUCCGGCCUCGAUCGAGGACCGGUGCUCCGAGUUGGAAAGCUGCGUCGCUCGAGCACAGAAGGCACGGGUGGAAAGGCAGCUUGGCCGACCAGCCGAGGACUUCCUUUCGAGAGGCUGUGAUUGA